UAAAUGUUUGUGUAUAUAUAUAUAAACACAUAUUUAAUGUAUGCAUAGCCAUACAUUCCACAAUAUACCAUUGCUUACUGACAGCAAAGGAUCUUUUUUUCAUUUUGAUUGGGGCGGGAGGGAGGUUUUUGAAAAUGAACAAAUAAAAAAGAGGCAGACGCUUAUAUUAUGUAUAAAAAAUAUACAUUCAAAUUAGCAUAAUCAAUGUAAUUUACUGUAUAUUUAAAUAUUCAUUUAUAUACAUGUUUAUGUGUUAUUAAAAAAUAAUAUAUGUAUAUUUUUUUAUUAUUUUUGCGUAUGGGCAUGUUUGAAAAUAUGUUAACGCAGCCUUCAUGACAUAGGUACAUUUCUUUCAAAACAUGAAUAAUGUUCAAAAAUUAAAAAUAUUUACAAUUCUGUAGAACUUGAAAAAAAACAAAACAAAACACAUGUUAAUAAAAACAAUGCUUUACAGUCUAAUUGAUCAAAUCUGAUAUAAAGCAAGAAAUACGAAAUUGGGAGGAAAAGAGCUUUACGAUCAAGGGAAAUCCACAAACCAAGAAGAUUUGGGCCAUUCUGAGGACCUUGAACCACAAGUUGAUAUUCUGCGUGAGUAAAUAGCUAUCCGACAACCACGGAACUUGAUUCUUGAUCUAUCACAUUAAAAAUAUAAAACCUAAUACACAUAUUUUUUAAUCAAACAAUCCUUGCUCACUCAAUCCUGUUCAAAGGAAAUGUCUUAAAGCAUUGUGAAGAAAAAUAAUUAUUUUUAUGGUCAGCUUCAUAAUUUCAUCCCAAAUUCAACAAUGAAGAAGCCUAUUGUUCUGUCAAAGACUAACAUCUGUUGCUAUAUUAACUGGAGGCAAGUAAUGUGCCCUAAUCUGAGUAUGUAAGUCUGCUAUAACAUCAUCUUCUUUUUCUAGAGCAACUAUCAUUUGGGUGAAUUGUAUAAUUCCUUCUCUGUUAUCAGUAAACCAAAAUUUUUUAAUAACAUCCAUUUCAACCUGUACCACCAAAGGAAAUACAUACUGCAUAACCUUUAACAUAUCAUUGCUUGCAUUGGCUUUAGCUUCAUUUAUCUUCUGAGAAGCUUCUUCACUUUCUAAAGCAGUCAAAAUUCCUUCAAGUGCAGCUCUUGCAGUUUCAGCAGUAAAAGUCAUCGUAUCACCCAUAUUAUGCAGAUAACGAUUAACGAUAAAACUUGUUAAUUGAUAUCAGUUACACUAAUUCGAUCUUAGCGACCAGUAAACAACGUCGCUAAGUAACAAAAGCUAGUUGAAUCGCAGCGAAAUUAACUGAUAACAGUUCAAAAGUAAUUAAAAUACUUUCAAUUAACGACAAUUUUAAAUUUCUAUAAAUAAAUUUAUAAAAAACACUGAGGUUGAAGAUCUAUUUUUUUUUCCUUUUUCCUUUUUUUAUUUUAGGGACCCCCACGUCGAUUUACACAGGAUCAUUUAAAAAUAAUCGGGGACUAGAAUAAAAUUAUUUAUACAUAUGUCAAUUUUGUUAUCUAACACUUAAAAUAAUCUUUUAAUAAACAUUGGGAAGUAUUCCAUAGAUAUCAAAAUGGAGUUUCACCGCCAGGGAGAUGUAAUUAUGUGAUAGUUAAACCCAAGGUCAGGAUGAGAGAGAGAGGGAAAAAGGUGUGUUGCCUUAUCUUUUUUGCUGUUUGCUGAAUCUAGUCUAUUGGCAGGCUUUGGUUGUGACUACUGUAAUGGACAGGGCAGGUUUUGCAGAGAUUUUUAAGGACACAGAAAGAGCAUGACAAGACUUAGUUCAAGGAAAACUUGAAUCAUGCACUCCAGAUUCUCAAAAAUUGCUUUUGGUUCAGCUAUAGCAGGAUCAACUGCUUAUCUAUCUUCAUGGCUUAUUAAUGAUUUUCCAUUUCUUGAAGAUGAGAAAUUAAAAGUACACGCCAGUUCAGGUAAUGCUAAAUUAGUUAAGCGACCUCUUCCUCCUCGAAGCGAACAGUUAAAGUCAUUAAAGAAUGAAUCGUUCGAUGUGCUCAUCAUCGGCGGUGGUGCAUCUGGAGCGGGUUGUGCUUUGGAUGCACAAACCAGGGGACUGAAAACGGCUUUGAUUGAAAUGGAUGACUUUGCAUCCGGAACCAGUUCAAGAAGCACAAAGCUUAUUCACGGUGGAGUGCGCUACUUACAAAAGGCCAUUAUGAAUUUGGAUAUAGAGCAAUACCGUAUGGUUAAAGAGGCCUUGCACGAACGAGCUUUCAUGUUAGAAUCAGCGCCUCAUCUUACUCAGCCAUUGCCAAUUAUGGUUCCUAUUUAUAAGUGGUGGCAAGUGCCUUAUUUUUGGAUUGGAAUGAAAAUGUACGACCUCGUUGCUGGUUUCAAAACUGUUAAACAUUCGUUUUAUAUAGGCAAAACAUCAGCUUUGGAAAAUUUUCCCAUGUUACGUAAAGAAAGACUCUGCGGUGCCAUUGUUUAUUAUGAUGGUCAACAGGAUGAUGCUCGAAUGUGCCUCGCUAUUGCGUUAACUGCGACAAGGCACGGUGCAACAGUUGCGAAUCAUAUCAAAGCAGUAGAAAUACUUAAGGAUUCAAAUGGCUGUUGCUGUGGCGCAAGGCUUAGAGAUGAAUUCACAGGUGAAGAGUGGAACUGCUUAGCUAAAUGUAUUAUAAAUGCUACAGGACCACAUACUGAUUCAGUUAGGAAAAUGGACAAUCCAAAGAUUCCUACUAUUUGUGCUGCAAGUGCUGGUACACACAUUGUUUUACCAGGAUACUACAGUCCAGAAAAGAUGGGUCUUCUUGAUCCUGCGACGUCAGACGGAAGAGUGAUUUUCUUCCUUCCUUGGCAGAAGCAUACCAUUGCAGGUACAACCGACAUGCCUUGCGAGGUCACCCACCAUCCUAAACCUACGGAAGAAGAAAUAUUAUUCAUUUUACAAGAAAUAAAGAACUAUCUUAAUAAAGAUGUUGAAGUGAGGCGUGGUGAUGUUCUAUCAGCUUGGUCUGGUAUCCGACCUCUUAUAUCAGAUCCUAAUAAAUCCGACACUCAAUCGAUUGCCAGAAAUCAUGUCGUUGAAGUCAGUGAUUCACGAAUGUUACCAUAGCUGGAGGAAAAUGGACUACGUACAGGUCGAUGGCUACUGACACCGUGGAUGCUGCUUUAAAAGCUGUUCCAGAGCUUGCCACCAAAGCUGGACCUUGCAUUACCGAUAAGCUCCUGAUAGAAGGAGAUCACGGCUGGACUCCUACCAUGUACAUAAGGCUCGUUCAGGAUUUCGGAUUAGAAUGCGAAGUUGCUCAGCAUUUAGCUUACUACUACGGUGAUAGAGCUUUUGCUGUGGCGAAGCUUGCUUCACUUACUGGCCAGAGGUGGCCCAUUAUCGGAAGGAAGAUACACCCAGAGUUCCCUUAUAUCGAUGCCGAGAUUCGAUAUGGCGUGAGGGAGUACGCUAUGACUGCGAUUGACAUGAUUGCCCGAAGACUCAGGCUCUCUUUCCUCAACGUCCAGGCCGCGAGGGAAGCUUUACCUCUCAUUGUUAACACGAUGGCUGAAGAACUUCACUGGGAUGAGAAAGAGAAACAAAGGCAAACCGACCUAGCCAUCGAAUUUUUAAUGAAUGAAAUGGGUGAGCAGGUGAACCGAGCUAGUAAAGACAAGAUCCCGAUAGAUCUCACAAAAGAUGAAGUCAAAAUGUAUAUUGAAAGGUUCAGGCUCAUCGAUCAAGAAAACAAAGGCUAUAUUUCCAUUAAUGAUAUGCGCAGAUCUUUCAAGAAUUUUGGUGAUGUACAUAUUUCCGGAGAAGAGCUUCAUGAGAUGUUGAGGGAAAUAGACACAAACAUGAACGGCCAAGUAGAACUAGACGAGUAUCUUCAGAUGAUGUCUGCUGUAAAGGCUGGACAUAUCAGUGCCACUGCAAGUCGGUUUGCUCGAAUGGCGGAAAUGGAACAUGAAAAAGCUCAAAUAAAAAAGAAGAUUCCUGUUGAGAGAUCUGGCGGUGGCCUUUAAGUUUUUAUAUUAUUGUAAAUUAUUCUGUUUUUAUGGCUGCCAAAUUUCUUUUUAUUUAAAUUAAAAUUUAAAAAAAAUUGAUAUUAACUUCUCUCUCUUUCUUUAACUAUAUUUUUGAGUUUAAUUUUGUUAUCUUUAAGCUCUUGUUCUAAAUUUUAACUUAAUAUUUAAAAAAAAAACAACUAACUGCAGUAUUCAUCUUAUUGUUUCAUAUUAUCUGUCAUUAAUUUUCUUUCAUUCAUCAACAAAGUUGUAUUUUAGUUGAUGGAAUGUAAGAGUUUGAUUCAGGUUAUUGAAGAUAAUGUAGUUUUAAUUACGAAUAAUUUAAUUAUUGAAUUAAGGUUUAAGCGGAGAAUGGUUCCCAUUAAUGUUAACAAAUUGUUAUUGUUAUUAAUUGUGCUUGCUAACUUAAAUUAUUUCAAAGAUUGUAAAUAGUCUAUUCUAUUCAUUAAUCUAAUGAAUAAUUAAUUUAUUUUGAUCUAUUUAUAAAUUAUUUAUAAUGUAUAGACACACAUGUAAAGUAUAACUUAUUUUACUGGUAAAUAUAAUAAUAUAACUUGCAUCAUCAU